AUGUCAAACUUUACCACUAAAAGUCCACUCUUUACUACUACAAGCGACGAUUCGAUGUUUUUGAGUGAUUCAAGCUUCUUGACUAUCUCGUCGUUUGACAGCCCCUUUGAAGAUCCAGGGAUGGAACCGCUUCCUAUUGCACCGCAUGCGCUUCCUCGUCGGCUUUCUAUAGUCUCAUCUUCUCAAACUCUUCCUUCUAGACGCACCUCCUCACAACCUCCUUCUAACAGCCUAUUGAGUCUAUUAGGAUAUUCGCUGCAUCGAGGUAUCGAAAGUGAAGGUGCCUCACUCCUCACAGCAACAGAAUCAGAAUUUGACAGAAUGAUGGCGGCUAAAACAAGAAAGCACACUAACUUGAACAAGAGGGGAUUUGCCUCAACAAGAGACACAGAGAAAAAGAGACCCAAGAAGCGAAUGAAAGAGAGCGAAGGAGCUGAAUUGAAUCUGAGACCGUACCAAGAGACUCAGUGGCACGAGCAGUACCAUGCCUUGUGUGACUUUUGCCAACAAGAUGGCCACUGCAACGUCUCUGACGUGUGUAGCGAUGACAUCGUCUUGGUACGAUGGGCCAAACGCCAACGUUAUCAAUACAAACUGUUGCAACAAGGUAUGUCCUCGACCAUGACGACCGGCCGCAUACGGAAGCUAGAGGCGAUUGGUUUUGUGUGGGAUAUCCAUGCAGCGCUGUGGGAGGAGCGUCUUGCAGAGCUAACGGAAUUUCGAAAGCAGUGGGGCCAUUGCAUUGUGCCAUCGAUCUACAAAGGAAGUCCAGUAUUGGCGACAUGGGUCAAGUGCCAAAGACGCCAAUAUAAAAACAAACUUCUCGGAAGGAAAUCCAAUAUUACUGAUGAGCGAAUAGCCGCACUGGAAAGGUUGGGUUUUGCCUGGGGAGUCCGUGGUGGUGCAUGGUGA